GUUAAGGAAGUUUGGGGAGGGAUGUAAAUUCUUCAAUGCUUUUCCUUCCUUCACUCCACUGACAGGUCUAUAAAGCAUACCUGCCCGCCCCCACUCUCUACUUGACACGUACUUGCACUUCACAUCCUGGUGUUGGCAAGGAAUGAGCAGUUUAUCGAAACUAAGCUGUAUGGGUGGGACCAAACAGUAACAGAGAUAACCGCAGAUAUAUUAACAUGACAAUUGAAUUUCACAUCUGCGGAGUGCUCAUACUUCCAGAACUUUGACUGCCCUGCUGUGCUCUCAUAACUGCUUUUGAAAAGGUUUUCUAGCUCUGAAGAAAUCAAAUCAAGUCUGUUCCUAAGCAAAGUGAGAUUUCCAAACUGCAGCCACUCUAGAAAUUCUAAACAUCAUUCAAAAGAAGAUUUCAAUCUCAGUGUUUCUUCUUUCUCUAAGGAGCUGUUUGGCCCCUUUCUACCUGGACUGGAACAAAGACUUCUGCCUUGGGGGAGUGAAUGAGCCACAGACUCUGAAGGGACUGCCAUUCUUCUGAAAUACCCAGGGAGAGGCAACGACAGACUAUGGGCAGCAUCGAACAAACAGCUGAGCUCCUCUUGCGUCUCUCCCCCACUGAAGUUGCCAGUCUCAAGGAAGGAAUCAAUUUUGUUCGAAAUAAGAGCACUGGCAAAGAUUACAUCUUGUAUAAGAAUAAGAGCCACCUGCGAGCAUGCAAGAAUAUGUGCAAGCACCAAGGAGGCCUGUUCAUGAAAGAUAUCGAGGAUUUAGAUGGAAGGUCUGUUAGAUGUACAAAACACAACUGGAAGUUGGAUGUGAGCACCAUGAAGUAUAUCAACCCUCCAGGCAGCUUCUGUCAAGAUGAACUAGUUGUGGAAGAGAGUGAAGAAAAUGAACUUUUGCUUCUAGAACUGAAUCCUCCUAACCCCUGGGAUUCAGAGCCCAGACCUUCUGAAGAUUUGGCUUUUGGGGAAGUGCAGAUAACAUACCUUACUCAUGCCUGCAUGGACCUCAAGCUGGGGGACAAGAGGAUGGUGUUUGACCCUUGGCUAACGGGUCCUGCUUUUGCCCGAGGAUGGUGGUUACUACAUGAGCCUCCAUCUGAUUGGCUGGAGAGGCUGUGCCGCGCGGACCUAAUUUACAUCAGUCACAUGCACUCAGACCACCUGAGUUACCCUACACUGAAGAAGCUUGCUGGGAGAAGACCAGAUAUCCCCAUUUAUGUUGGAAAAACAGAAAGACCUGUAUUUUGGAAUCUGAAUCAGAGUGGUGUCCAGUUGACUAAUAUCAAUGUAGUGCCAUUUGGAAUAUGGCAGCAGGUAGACAAAAAUCUCCGAUUCAUGAUCCUGAUGGAUGGCGUUCAUCCUGAAAUGGACACUUGCAUUAUCGUGGAAUACAAAGGUCAUAAAAUACUCAACACAGUGGAUUGCACCAGACCCAAUGGAGGAAGGCUGCCUGUGAAGGUUGAUUUAAUGAUGAGUGAUUUUGCUGGAGGAGCAUCAGGCUUUCCGAUGACUUUCAGUGGUGGAAAGUUUACUGAGGAAUGGAAAGCCCAGUUCAUUAAAACAGAAAGGAAGAAACUCCUGAACUACAAGGCUCGGCUGGUGAAGGACCUACAACCCCGAAUUUAUUGCCCCUUUGCUGGGUAUUUUGUGGAAGCCCACCCAUCAGACAAGUAUAUUAAGGAAACAAACACCAAAAAUGACCCAGAUGAACUCAACAAUCUUAUCAAGAAAAAUUCUGAUGUGUUAACGUGGACACCGCGACCUGGAGCCACUCUUGAUCUGGGAAGGAUGCUAAAGGAUCCAACAGACAGCAAAGGCAUCAUUGAGCCUCCGGAGGGGACUAAAAUUUACAAGGAUUCCUGGGACUUUGGACCAUAUUUGAAAAUCUUGAAUGCUGCUGUAGGAGAUGAAAUAUUUCAUCACUCAUCCUGGAUAAAAGAAUACUUCACUUGGGCUGGAUUUAAGGAUUACAACCUGGUGGUCAGGAUGAUUGAGACAGAUGAGGACUUCAGCCCUUUUCCUGGAGGAUAUGACUAUUUGGUUGACUUUCUAGAUUUAUCCUUUCCAAAAGAAAGACCAAGCCGGGAACAUCCAUAUGAGGAAAUUAGGAGCCGGGUUGACGUCAUCAGACACGUGGUGAAGAACGGUCUGCUCUGGGACGACCUGUAUAUAGGAUUCCAAACCCGGCUUCAGCGGGAUCCUGACAUAUACCACCAUCUGUUUUGGAACCACUUUCAAAUAAAACUCCCCCUAACACCACCCGACUGGAAGUCCUUCCUGAUGUACCAUGGGUAGAGAAGACCUGAGAUCUCCCAGGGAUACUAAGCUACAUGAAAAAUUCAAGUAUUCAUUGAUGCUGCGUCUUGAACAUGAAGCUUAUACCAAAGAGACUAUGCCUUAUUGACAUCAGCAAUGGAGAAUCAAAUGUUGUGUUUGUGAAAUGUUCACAUAUCUUAUGUUUUUGGAUCACUACAUAGCCAGAUUAUUAAUAUUUUAAUUAUACUGUCCAUAAUUUUCUGUAAAAGAACCCAUGAAUGCAAUAGGAACAAAUUCUCUAUGGAAAACAAUGACAACAGGAGAUGUAAAUCCAAGCACAGAAGAAGUAGAACAGGAGGAGAAAAGAUUUCCUAGAAGACAAGGAAAAGAAAAGGGGUGGGGGGAGCACACGCUGGGUUAGAAGAAGAGAAGAAAGGACAGAAAUAGAUAAAUGAGGGGCUAUGAGAAGAAAAUAAGAAAGAGAAAAAGUUAAAAUGGAAAUUAAAAAGAAUGUAAACAUAGACAUUUUGUUCCUUAAUAGAUUGAUUCCCCAGAUAGAGUCCAUGAAUAUAAUCGAGCAAGAAGCAUUCAUGAGCUGUUUUCAGUUUUAGAAAAAGUUUCGCUGAAAUGAUAUAUUUACCAAAACAAGGCUGCAGAGGCUACCCAAGAUGUAAAAUUUCAUUGGGACUGAAAUAAUUUUGGUUCAGCGGCAAAAUUUACUACUUAAUGUAGAUUAUAAAUUCUAACAAAUAGUGGUAUCUUUGAACAAAAUAUAUGAACACUAGCUAAUGAUAAAGUGAAUCCUAUAGACAAAAGUCUUUCAAGGUCAAUAGAAUAAUCAACACUCAAGACCUAUACCUCGAAAAAAUUAAGAAGUCCUCUUCUGAACACUUGAAAACACUGUUGCAAUGGUUAAAACCCACAACUAAUUUAUCUGUUUCUGUUAACGUCUGUAGUUUUUGAUGAUUUUCCUGUGAUUAUCACACUAUCUCUAGGAAUGUGAUUAUUGACUAUGUUUCUAUUUUACAUAUUGAUGUUUCCAGUACACACAAACCUCUCAUUGAUCUGAAUAUCAAAACUGAUUUCUUAAUUGUGUAUACUACCUCUUUAAUUCUGAAGAUUAAGAUUUAAGAUUCUCCUUAAAUCUCAUAAUUAUCUGCUCCUUACAAAGAUAAUAAUAUGAUAUUUGAUAUCUCUGAUUCACUUCAUACAUUCCACCUAUGUUUUGUGAUUUAUGGUAUAUAGUAAAUUAUUCAAUUAUUACUGACAAAUAAAUGUAAUGUAUAUCAGUAUAUGAAUAUAUGAUAAAAUGUGUAUGAUGAGCAAAUAAAAAGAUUAUUUUUAAAUA